GUCCUCCGUUCGGAUCGGGUCGUCCGCUGUUUAGUGACAAGUCAUGUGUAGAGAUGACUGGAGAUGACGAUGAUGGAAGGUGACGGCACAAUGCUGAGGACAUCCCAGAGCAAAUGAGAUUGAUGAUAUGGAUUGGAAGGACAUCAACAGUGGACUAAAGAGACAUUUUGCAGACAAAUCAAGUGUCAUUCGAAUAGAACAGAAUGCUGAGGAAGUCAAACUUUAUCUUGGUGAAAAAACAAUGCAAGCUUCGACUAGGCAGCAACAUAGACAGUAAGUGAUGGAGGGAAAUGGAUUCAGGAUGGAGCCAGAAUCUCGGACAGCAUUGAAGAUGUGGACUACCACAGGAGGAUAUGAACAAACUCAGUAUGGUAUGAUGUAGACUACACAUUGUUGGAGGAAACAUCUUUAUAAGGUGCUUGCACGUUUCCCAACGCUCUUGUCGGAACAUGGUUGUCCAGUGAUCGUGGUUCCUUCACGCUCAACAGUUCCACAAUUAUUAGUCUGGACAUGGGCACAUACGGCGCUCUAGACUUUGAGUGUUACGAUACAGAUAAUGUCACCAAAUAUAUUGUAAGAACAGGCAGUGUGCCAGUCAUCCCGCCAUUCAUUAAAUUGGAUCUCUUCAUCUGUUUUGACUUCGAAGCGGUCAGCGUAUCAAUGUACAAAUACUGGCAAGCAACAUCUGUGAACUCGGCCAUAAACAACGAGCGUGCCCUUGCAAUGGCUGAAGGCUCGUCGGCUACCAUCGCUGAGGUUUGUGAUGUCUCAGCUCCGUAUGACACCGGUAUAUACUCAAUUUUACUCAAAAAUGAUUCUGUUGCCAGUAACAUAAUCACGUGUCCCUCCGAUCUCCAGUACCGGUUCAACUACACGUACGAUUUUGGUGGCAGUGACCUCUGCUCUGGUAACUCCAUGAUGGACAACUGCGUACAGACUGACGCGCUUGCCGUCAAUUACACGUAUUGUGCCACGGAGAUGUUCUAUUCUUCCGAUGGAGACUUGAGCUGUCUUUAUGAAACGACCAAUGGAAGUCUGACCUAUCUCACAUUAUUCAACAACGAUGUCAGCCCUGAUGGGUCUUCCACUUACCAGUUCAGCUGCCUGGUGUUUUCCACCAGUGGUUUAACAACCUUCGCCACCCAAUCCCCCCAGAACUGUGCUGCAGGCCAGACCGACACGACUGUAUCUAGUCCAGGCGUCGCCCUUCUCUUCACAUCCGAGGGAAGCUGUACCGCACCAACUGUGGACCCAAACUCCAACCAGACGACGACAACCACCACGCAGGCAACGACAACGACUACUUCUUGUGCCUCAUCCAUCUUUGAUAUCGUGGCGGUCGCAGCAAUGCUUGCUCUAAUUCAAGGCCUCCGAUUAUUUUGAAACAGACCAAUUGUGUUGACUUUGUCUCCAUGUAGCGAACAUUUGCCGAAUCUAAUCGACACAAUCGUCUUUGCUGUACAUGUAACUAUUCGAACGGGUGAUGAAAUUAGACGAAGGGAGACUUGUUAUCAUCGGAAAAGUCGCGAUCGGCAUUCACAUUUUUGUUCCCCAAGCGGCCACCAGAGACUAGUCUAGCUGCCACUCAUAGAGGGAAGAAUCAUUGUAAAAAGAAGCACGUAGUUUUUCUCACUGAUAUCGAAGUUUCUAUUGGCACAAGCAAUUAGAUUUUCUGCCCAUGUCCCUUUGGUUGCAUGAGCAUCUGCUCAAUUAGACGCACACUAAAAUCUCUGUCUUGUGCCCCCGCGAGGUGGGAUACCGACGAACAGCGCCGUUAGAUCGGCAUGCUCCGCUACAGAGCAAAAUA